AUGAUUGGAAAAGUUACCAAGAUAUAAAAAGAGAAGAAAAAAAAAAAAUGGUGGUAAUAUUUAGGCAUGUUUGCAAUCGGAUUAGGUCAAUUUCUUUUUGGAUGUGCAGUAACUGCAUUGACUUGUGGUGCUGCUUUACCGAUUGGAAAAACUUUUAUAACUGGAGGAAUAUCAGAUAUGGUCUAUUCUGUCACAGCAGCCUGGAAAGGAUUAGAUAUUGAUUGGGGAGCCUGGGGAUAAAACAAAAUGAUUAAUAUUGCAUCUGCAUUAGUUUUAGCAGGACCUUCUGGCAUUAAGGAGGCUCUUGAAAUAGGAUGUAAAGGAUUUUAAUCAUUAUAAAAAAUUGGAAUUACUGAAUUUUUGAAAUAAAUUCCUCGCGUCACAGUUGAUGGAUUAAAAAAGGCUGGUUUUUGGUUAAGUGAUCUUGAUAAAGCAGAUAUAAAAAAUCAAUAUCAAACUUUGUAAUAAAUAUAAGAAGCCGCUUUUAAAACUGGUAAUGUUAAUCAACUAUUAAAUUUGGCAACAGAAGUUUUAAACGAUUAAGUAUAAAAUGGAGUCAUUUCUAAAGAUACAUCUAAGGAGUUAUUUGAUUUUAUCAAUAGAUGUUUUUAAGAAUCUAAAGGAACUGUUGGUGGAUUUCAAAAUCGUUUUUGUGAAGAGGCAAAAAAAUAUCUAAAAUUAUAAAUAACCAAAAAAAAAACUAAGAAGUCAGAAAAUGAAUUAAAAUAAGAGGCUAAAGAAAUUUGUUCAAUAUAGGGUAAUAAAAAAUAUCAUGGGCUCUAAAGCAGAAUUGAAGAAUAUAAAUAAUAUGAAUAAAGACUUAACAAUGAAAUUAAACAAUUUAAAGGGAAUUAUUAAAUUUGUUACAACGAAGAUUUUGAACUUUAGAAAAAUAUUCUUUUAUUAGAUAUUUAUUUUGAAAAAUAAUCAAAUCAAAAAGAAAUUGAUCAAAUUAUAAAAACUAAAGUGAUUUAAAACAAUCUAAUUUCAACAUUCGAUAUAAAUGAUGAGGAUAUUUAACAUGAAUGUGAUGAAUUAAAAAUACCGAAUAAAUAAUCUAUGAAUAAUUUUUAUUAGAAAGUAAUAAGACCGUAAUUCAUGAAGAUAUGUGAAUUGUUUAAAGAAAUCUGCAAAAAUAUAGAACCAAUGGCAAUCAUUUUUAAGUAUUAGUAUGGAAUCCAUAUGAAAGAGCAAGAGUAAAGUAUAAACAAUAAGUACUUUUAGAACUAAAGAAACUAAUUUAAUAGAAAUUCACAUGCAUUAAAUUAAUUAAAUUAAUCUAUUGACAAUUUCAAUCAUUAAUCUAAGUAAAUUGAGGAGAAAAUAAAUUAGAUGAACUAAAUAAAUUAGGUUGAUUAACAUUUAUUGACUUAAAAUAUAAUCAAUGAGUUGAAAAAUAAAUAAUUGAUUAAGAAUGAUGGUAUCACAAUUUCAAAUACGUUUAUGACAGAGUUCUAAAAUUACUUGAAUCACCAAAACUAUAAUAAUUUGAUGAUUUAGAUUUUAUAAUAAACUAUGGAGAGUACUCUUUAAGAAUUAGCAAUUUUGUAAUAAAACUCGCUGAAAAAACUAUUUUCAACAGUUUUAUUUAAAGUUGUUGAAAUAGAAAUAUUAGAUGAAAUAGAAAAAUACAUCUUUAAAUCAAGAAUAAAGAAGUAAGAUAGUAUAAUCACAAGUCAAUAUGAUUGA